AUGCUGACUGUUAUCGGGGCGCCUCCAUCUCACACGAUUGCUUCCGAAGUUGCCACAACCCUUGCUGGUGCAUAUCUGCGAAAGAAGUCUGGCGUCAUGGGUCAACCAGCUCUCUCAGUCGAGGACGAGAAUGUAAUUGUCGAGCGGGUGGAGCGUUGGUUGAAUCAUGGAUUCUUUCCUUACAACAUGUUGGCAAAGGAUACAGCAAAUGCAUAUUUCCAUAAUCACCAGGGCUACAACCAGAACAGACCAAACCUCAACGUCGGUUGGCAGAAGGGUUUCUGGAUGCGUCAUCGAGAACUUGCUGAUCACAUAGCCAAAGAGCGCAAUACACUAAAAUUGAAAGGUCCGCACGAAGACCGCAGGGCCUGGAAGUUCUUUCAAGCAUUCAAAGAUAUCAAGCAGCGGUUCCAAGUUUCCAACGACAACAUAUAUGCCAUGGAGGAUGCCGCUUUUGUUACCACCAUGUAUCGAAAGGCAAGCGCUAUGUUCGUUCGACCAAUGAACCAACAUCACAAGAGAGAAGAACGGGCAUUCUCAUCUGUUAUCCACUGCUGCUCAACACGAGGAAAGCACCUGCCUCCAUACAUUGUCUGCAGAAGCCAGGAUCCACCGCAGACCAAGAACUUUGGUCGAAUCAAAGUUUCUUUCACCCAGUCAGGCUGGGCUGAGGCGAAUCAUGCACUUGACUGGUUGAAGACUGUUUUCGAGCCAGAGACCCGACCCAAAGGUCGGCGUGAAGCAUGGAGAAUUCUGCUGAUUUCCCAUCGAUUCCGCAUAGUCUUUCCUGAGUUUGAAAAGUUCUGCUGGGACCAUCAGAUUGCUUGUCUUUCUUUUCCCAAGAAUGAUCAACAGUUCUUCAACCCAAUCGAGAAUAUCGCUUUUGGGGCUAUGCAAAAGAGCUAUACCGACUACAUGAGAAAAAGAUUCUCCGAUAACAAUGAAAACGCCAUCACACUGGAUGUGGGGGAGUUUGCAUCAUGGAUCGAUGGAGAGGUAGCUUCAUCUAAACGAGCGGAAGAAGCUGCAGAUGUUUGGCGUCAAAGCUGCCUUGUACCGCUAGAUGAAUUCCGCCUUCGCAACUGCCUCCAAGGGAAUCGAGCUACUGCCGCCCCAGAGGACAGAACCUCUAUUCUUGAUAGCCGUCUCUACUCAAAAGACACUCCGACAAUGGCGAGAGCACGGGCGACACCUCGAACAAGUGUUCCUUUACCCAUCAUCCGAUCCACGGAGGAAAUGAGCCGACACUCCACCCCCGAGUAUUCACCUCCUUCACCGCGGGAAUCACAGCAGAGCCAAGAGAGCCAAGAGCGUGACGAUAGCUCCGUAUCAGAGCAAGACCAAUCCGAGAGCGAAAAUGAGAUAGUCAUCAAUCAUCAUCCCAUCACGCCAUGCAGGACACCUAGACUGCUAAAGACUCCUCGGGCCAGGACUCCAGAGACCGAACCAUCUGAUUCAGUGAUGUCAUCCAAGAAACACCGGGACAUCUUGGAUAAAUGCAUAGAAGGAUCACCUAAAACGCAAAAGAGGUAUCGCGAUGAUUUGAUUCUGGAUCGUGGGGAUCUAGAGAAAGAAAAUGCUCGUCUGAAAGAAAGGGUCGAGCUUUUGGAACAAUUUGCGGUUAAGAGACCAAGACUCGACUGA